UACAAACCUUCGUCCACUCUGAUCAAAACAUAUUCUAGUCUUGGAAUGAGAAAACAGUAUUGAGAUCAAAUGUUUCGUUGAUGAGACAAUUUGCAGAAUGUCAGCCAAAAUCGAUCUCGUUCAAUCUUCUCCUACUGCCCGCCAGUGGGCUUCCUCUCACUACCAUAUUUGUUAGUGAGUGGAAAUACCAAGCGGAUGCUUCAUAUUGAAACAUCCAGUGAAAUAUCUGUCUCAUUGUUUUGUCUGUAGUAACAUGGUGCCGGAAGUGUAAAGCCGGUUUCGGCUUUAGUAUCUUUUUUUUCUUCUUACUAUUGGUCCAUUCCUGAGUUAUCUUGUCCAAUAGAUAGCGUUUUUAUAGUCUUUCGCCGCAGUGUGAGUUCGCGGGGGAAAUAGGAUAGCUAUGUUUUGUAGCUAUACGGUUUAACUUGUAUAUCUAAAUUAAUGAACGCAUUUUGAAAUGUGUUAUUGGUGAGUUUAUCGUUAGAUAUUUAGAGUACUGACAUACUUAAACUGUUGAGAUUCGCUUUCAGACGAGUAACACGUGACUGGCUUGCUAGUUAACGGUAUUCAUACAAUUCAUGGUAAUCGUAGCUAGCCAGCUUUCGAUAGCCAGAAUAAGGAAUAUUUUGUACCGAGACAAAGAGCUCACCUCUCUUGCGUGCUCGCUGUGUAACGUUUAAUACUUGCCGUUUAAAAAUGAGUCUAUUUAAUUUAGAGCGGUUUCGUUUUGACAAGAAUAAACCGACUUCAAACCAGGACAAAUACAGCGGUUCCGUAUGUCCAGAGUCGGGAAAGGAGAAUAAACCAGCCCGAGUAACAACACCUGUAUCCAACCUUGGAAAACCUGGGCGAGGAGUAGUAUUUGAAGAUGUCAUCAGUGACUCUGACGAUUUGGCAAGUGACUCGAGAAGUGAUCAAUUAACACACAGGGUGACGGAACCUGUAAAGGAAUCACUGGAGCGAGAGGUAAGAGAGAUGACUGAGACAUCUGAUAAGGAAGACAAAAUGGACAAGGAUCUGGAAGAGAGACUGGCCAAACUGCAGGACAUCUUCCCUCAAAGACACAGGAAGGAGCUGCUGGAGGUGAUUAAAAGCACAAGCACUUUGGAUGGUGCCGUAGCCUCAUGCCUGAUGUUUGGUGACAAAGACUCAACGCGAAAGAGGAAACAGGAUGGCUCCAGCAGUUCCCAAGACAGCGACGUGCUUCCGCAGCCCAGUAAGAAGAGGAGAUCGUCUCUGCCUGAAGACUCUGAGGAGGGAGCAGAGCCCAGCUGGGAGAGACGGGAGGCCAUGGUCAGGAAACUGCAGAGGAAGUUCCCCGACCAGGAUAAGGAGGAACUAAGGUCCGUGCUCCAGGAACAUGAGUGGAACGUGGAUGAUGCCCUGGAGGUGCUGCGCAUGUUCUCGGACCCAGAUGAAGACUCUAGUGCACCUGAAGUAUCCAGCUCCCCUGAAGUCAAGCAAAAGGAACUGAAUGCCAAGAGUAAUGCCAAACCAAGCAAAGCAAAGAUUGAUGCCAAGCCGAGCAGAGACCGUUGGGAGUCUAAGGAUAGCAAGGAGGAGGCCAGGCGAAGCAAUGCUUCCGCUCUGAAAUGGCUGUUCAAGAAACCUGCACCUGAAUCUAGGCCUAACUCCUCGUCCUCCUCUUCGACUUCUACCAGCCAGAAGCUCUCCAACGGGACCAGCGUGGCUAAGAAGGAGGCGUCGGAGAGGAAGAGGAAGGUUCGCGCCUCCUACGAAAGGGCCAGCAGUUCGGAGGAUGAGGACACGGAAGGGGCCAGCAGUGAGUUUGAGGGUGAGGGCGACGAGCUAGAUUUUGCGGCGGAGGACGCGGGCACAUCCACGCUCAAAGGCCAGAUCCUGAGCUUCUUCCAGGAGGCCUCGCUGGAUGAGCUGUCCCUCAUCGCCGGCUGCUCGUUGAAGAAGGCCCAGAAGAUUGUGGAGCUACGGCCCUUUGCUGUUUGGCAGGACCUGGAGGAGGUGUUCCACAAAGAGAACGGCCUGUCUGCAGAGCUGCUGCUGGGCUGCAGGGUGGUGCUGAGGGAGAGAGCCGUGGUCCAGGGCCUCAUGUCCAAGUGCCAGACCAUCUCCGGCAAGAUGGUAAAGGGAGUCACCCAGGUCAUAGACAAGGACAUGGCCUCCAUGACCCAGCCCUCAGUCCUCAACAGAAAGUUGCAGUUGAAACCCUACCAGCUGAUUGGGCUGAAGUGGCUUCUCCUGCUGCACCAACACAAGCUGAAUGGAAUCCUGGCUGACGAGAUGGGUUUGGGAAAGACCAUCCAAGCCAUAGCCUUCCUGGGCAGACUGCACCAGGACGGCAUCGACGGCCCCCACCUCAUCACUGUGCCCUCCUCCACCCUUGACAACUGGGUUCGUGAGCUAAAGCUGUGGUGCCCUUCUCUCAAGGUGUUAGUCUACUACGGCUCUGUGGAGGACCGGCGGUACCUGCGACAUGACAUCCUCAGCAAUCAGGUGGACUUCAACGUCAUCGUGUCCACCUACAAUCUGGCCAUUGGCAACGACAGCGACCGCAGUCUCUUCCGCAAGCUCAGACUGAAGUAUGCCGUGUUCGACGAGGGCCACAUGCUGAAAAACAUGAACUCCCUCCGUUACCGCCACCUCAUGGCCAUCAAUGCGGAGCACCGGCUGCUCCUGACCGGCACCCCUCUGCAGAACAACCUGCUGGAGCUGAUGUCGCUGCUCAAUUUCAUCAUGCCCUCCAUGUUCUCCAGCAGCACCACGCAGAUAGCCAAGAUGUUCUCCAUGAAAUCCCACGAGGAACAGAGUCGUUUUGAGAGGGACCGCAUCGCCCAGGCUAAACUCAUCAUGAAACCUUUCAUCCUCAGACGAGUUAAGAGCGAGGUUCUUAAGCAGCUGCCAGCGAAGGAGGAGAGGCUGGAAUUCUGCACCAUGAGCGAGAAGCAGCAGCUUCUUUACCAGAACAUGGUGGGCAAGCUCAAGAAGUCUGCCAUCGGAGAGAAGAAAGUGCUGUGCAACGUGAUGAUGCAGUUGAGGAAGAUGGCCAACCACCCUCUGCUCCACCGGCAGUACUACACCACAGAGCGACUCGAGGCCAUGAGUCACCUCAUGCUCAAGGAGCCGACCCAUUUGGACGCGGACCCGGUGCUGAUCCAGGAGGACAUGGCGGUGAUGUCGGACUUUGAGCUUCACCGGCUGUGCCAGCAGUACUCGUCGCUGCACAAAUACCAGCUGGAGAAAGACCUACUGCUGGACUCCGGGAAGUUCCACCUGCUCCAGACGCUACUGGCCACACUUAAGACCAAGGGAGACCGGGUGGUACUCUUCAGUCAGUUCACCAUGAUGCUGGACAUUGUGGAGAUUCUGCUUAAACACCUGGGCCACCGCUACGUCCGACUGGAUGGCUCCACACCCAUAGCGGACAGGAUCGUGCUGAUUGACGAUUACAAUAUGGACCCGGAGAUCUUUGUGUUCCUGCUGUCGACGCGGGCGGGCGGCCUGGGCAUCAACCUGACCUCGGCCAACGUGGUCAUCAUGCACGACAUCGAUUGUAACCCCUACAACGACAAGCAGGCAGAGGACCGCUGCCACAGAUUGGGCCAGACUAGGACUGUCCAGGUGAUAAAACUGAUCCAUAAGGACACCAUAGAGGGUGGCAUGCUGCAGCUGGGCCAGAAGAAGCUCAAACUGGAGCAGGACAUGACCGCUGCCGAGGAGGGUGAUGAGGGCACCAUGUCUGAGGAUAUGGCCGUCCUCCUCAAGGCAUCGCUGGGCCUGUGAGGGUCCGGGAGCUCCCUCCCUGGAGUUUCAUUGGGACUCAGCCUGGAGCAUCCCACCCCUGACUGACCUGACCUGACUCACUAACUGACUGAACCCUGCCAUAGGUGGGUCUUUCCCUGCUACUCACUCUGCCCUUGAGACCUGAGACGCAGCUGUGUACUUCCGUCUGCACUGGAGAUGAUAUGGUUGUGUUGAUGGGAUUAUUGGCCUUUGCUGUCAGUAGCAGAGAUGGCGGGUGUCGUUGAAGGUCAGUGGCGACUCUGCUCUGUGCAGCACCUGGGGUGUAUUCAUUAGGAAGCAAAAGUGCUAAAACGGGGAGGGACUAACCUCAACUUGUCCAAUCAAUUAUCAUUUUCAGUGCAAGUGGUUUUCUGAUGCAAAUUGUUUUGCUAUGGAUUGCACUAAUGAACACACCCCGUACCCUGCUCUGAAACAAUGCCAGGGAAUAGUUUGUCAAAGCAACUCUGUCUGUGCUGCCUUAUGAAGUCCUUAUACAAUGAAGUCCUGCAGGGGACUGACUACCAGGUGGUGACAGAGCUGCUCUGUUUAUGUAUCAUUGUGAUGUGACGUACUGUUGUCAAAGCUGUUACUCAUCCGAUUAUUUUUUAUGUCCUUGUUGCAACAUCAACAGGGUUUGUCGAAACAUGAAAUAAAGAUUUCAAUAUUUA